GCGGCGGCGGCGGGCGCAGCUAGCGGGUCGGCCGCGGAGCGGGGGUGCAGCGCGCUUGGCCCCCGUACCCCUCCCCCUCGACGCAGCCCCACCCCUCUGCCCGCCGGGCCGUCCCAGCCGAACUAUCCCUGCGGCGCCAGCGCGGGGCGGCUCCGGGCGCCCCCAGCAGACCCCCACCAUGGGCAGCCAGAGCUCCAAGGCUCCCCGGGGCGACGUGACCGCCGAGGAGGCAGCGGGCGCUUCCCCCGCAAAGGCCAACGGACAGGAGAAUGGCCACGUGAAAAGCAAUGGAGACUUAACCCCCAAGGGUGAAGGGGAGUCACCACCCGUGAACGGAACAGAGGAGGCAGCUGGGGCUACUGGUGAUGCCAUCGAGCCAGCGCCCCCUAGCCAGGAAGCUGAGGCCAAGGGGGAGGUUGCCCCCAAGGAGACCCCCAAGAAGAAGAAGAAAUUCUCUUUCAAGAAGCCUUUCAAAUUGAGCGGCCUGUCCUUCAAGAGAAAUCGGAAGGAGGGUGGGGGUGAUUCCUCGGCCUCCUCACCCACAGAGGAAGAGCAGGAGCAGGGGGAAAUCGGCGCCUGCAGCGACGAGGGCACUGCCCAAGAAGGGAAGGCUGCUGCCACCCCCGAAAGCCAAGAGCCCCAGGCCAAGGGGGCAGAGGCUAGUGCUGCCUCUAAGGGAGGAGACACGGAAGAGGAGGCAGGGCCCCAGGCUGCAGAGCCGUCCACUCCCUCGGGGCCCGAGAGUGGCCCUGCAUCUGCCAGUGCUGAGCAGAAUGAGUAGCUGGGUGGGGGCAGGUGGGUGAUCUCUAAGCUGCAAAAACUGUGCUGCCCUUCUGAGGUCACUGCCUGGACCUGGUGCCCUGGCUGCCUUCCUAUGCCCAGAAAGGAAGGGGCUUGUUGCCCCCUCCCAGCCACGUUCCCUUCCUCCCUCCUGUGGAUUCUCCCAUCAGCCAUUUGGUCUUACUCUUAAGGCCAGUUGAAGAUGGUCCCUUAGGUUAGUGAUGUGAAAUGUUCCUGUCCCUACCUCCUUCCUGGGCCCCACCCCUGCAGAAGGCAAUUGUUGGCUUUCCAAUUCUUUUCCAAGUACAUUUUGUUUAUCCUACUUCCCAACCCCCUGGGCCAAGAGUGGGGGCUUAUACUCCCAAACCCUGAGUGUCCAGCCUUUCCCUUGUUGAGUUUUCAGUCUCUUGUGCUGUGCCUAGUGGCACCUGGGCUGGGGAGGACAUUGCCCCCGUCUGGGUUUUUAUAAAUGUCUUACUCAAGUUCAAACCUCCAGCUUGUGAUUCAACCAUGUCUCUCUGACUUGAUAAACAAGUAUUAGGCUUUGGGCGGGAAGGAGGUCUGUAAUGUGAAGCAACUUCUUGUUGUCUUUUUUUUUUUUUCUCUCCCCCUCCCAUCGUUGUAAAUAACUUUUAAUGGCCAAACCCUGGAUUUGUACUUUUUUUUUUUUUUUCUAACUGCUAUAAAACCAUUCUCUGCCAUCUGGAUUUACUGUAACAUUUGGAAAAGGAAUAAAUGUUGUCCCUUUA